CUACCGGAGCUGCCAGUUACUCGUGCAGGGGGCAGGGUGGCGAGGCUGGAGCGAGCGCACGGCUCGUCUGGAGAGAGAGAGAAAAAAAAUCAAUGGAGCUAGGCUGCAAUGUUACCAGUACAAACUGCCUAGAUUAAUGAGAGUGGGAUUGCGAGAAAGCAAGCGAGGCGGGGGUUUCGAGCGGGGGGUUUUUGUUGGCUCGCCUGAGGACCGUUAAGCCGCAAGAGGAGCGAAAUGCCGAAGCCGUUUGGAAGCGGAGUAUUCUUCAGAAUACAGAAGAUCAAUGUGCGGGUUACGACCAUGGAUGCAGAGCUAGAGUUUGCCAUCCAGCCAAAUACAACUGGCAAGCAGCUCUUUGAUCAGGUUGUAAAGACUGUGGGCCUACGAGAGGUAUGGUUUUUUGGCCUGCAGUACAUUGAUAGCAAGGGAUAUACCACGUGGCUGAAGUUGAACAAAAAGGUAACUCAGCAAGAUGUCAGAAAAGAGAAUCCUCUCCAGUUUAAGUUUCGAGCAAAGUUCUUUCCAGAAGAUGUGUCUGAGGAGCUAAUCCAGGAGAUAACACAACGUCUAUUCUUCUUGCAAGUGAAAGAGGGCAUUCUUAAUGAUGAAAUCUACUGUCCACCAGAAACUGCAGUGCUCCUUGCUUCAUAUGCUGUUCAAGCCAAAUAUGCGGACUUCAACAAAGAGGUCCACAAGUCAGGUUAUCUGGCUGGUGACAGACUUCUUCCUCAGCGUGUCCUGGAACAGCACAAGUUAACAAAAGAACAGUGGGAGGACAGGAUACAGACUUGGCAUGAAGAACACAGAGGGAUGCUGAGAGAAGAUUCGAUGAUGGAGUACCUUAAGAUUGCCCAAGAUUUGGAAAUGUAUGGUGUCAAUUACUUUGAAAUCAAGAACAAGAAGGGAACAGAAUUGUGGUUGGGUGUUGAUGCACUUGGACUAAACAUCUAUGAACACGAUGACAAGUUAACACCAAAAAUUGGCUUUCCUUGGAGUGAAAUACGGAACAUUUCGUUUAAUGACAAAAAAUUUGUCAUAAAACCCAUAGACAAAAAAGCUCCAGAUUUUGUCUUCUACGCUCCACGUCUGCGAAUCAACAAACGCAUCUUAGCACUGUGUAUGGGAAAUCAUGAACUCUACAUGCGACGAAGGAAGCCUGAUACGAUUGAAGUACAACAGAUGAAAGCUCAGGCCAGAGAGGAGAAACACCAGAAACAGUUAGAAAGGGCACAACUGGAAAAUGAGAAAAAGAAACGAGAAGUGGCAGAAAAGGAGAAGGAAAGGAUAGAGCGGGAGAAGGAGGAGUUGAUGGAGAGGCUUAGACAAAUUGAAGAACAGACGUUAAAAGCCCAAAAAGAGUUAGAAGAGCAAACACGUAAAGCACUGGAACUUGAUCAGGAAAGAAAAAAAGCAAAGGAAGAAGCGGAGAGACUGGAAAAAGAGCGUUGCAGUGCAGAAGAAGCAAAAGCUACCCUAGCCAAACAGGCUGCGGAUCAAAUGAAGACCCAAGAGCAAUUGGCUGCUGAGCUUGCUGAAUUUACUGCCAAAAUUGCACUUUUGGAGGAUGCCAAGAAGAAGAAGGAAGAUGAAGCCACGGAGUGGCAACAAAAAGCUGUGGCAGCUCAAGAUGAUUUGGAGAAAACCAAAGAGGAGUUGAAGACUGUGAUGACUGCUCCUCCUCCCCCACCUCCACCAGUUAUUCCACAAGCAGAGAAUGAACAUGAUGACGAGCAAGAUGAGAAUAAUGCAGAAGCCAGUGCUGAACUCUCAUCAGAAGGGGUGGCAAACCAUCGCAGUGAAGAGGAACGCAUCACUGAAACACAGAAGAAUGAGCGUGUAAAGAAACAACUGCAGGCACUGAGUUCUGAAUUGGCCUAUGCCCGUGAUGAAACUAAGAAAACUGUGAACGAUGUCCUUCAUGCUGAGAAUGUUAAGGCAGGCCGUGAUAAGUACAAGACCCUAAGACAGAUACGACAAGGCAACACAAAACAGCGUAUUGAUGAGUUUGAAGCUAUGUGAGAGUGCGUUAUUUCAUGUUUUUUAUGCAGCUGAACCACCAGCAGAGGAGCAAGCAGCCUGUGCAGAUCAUAACAGUAGUUUCACCUUGCCAAAGUAUUGUAUUGGUUAGACUUGCAUGAAUUAAUUUGCAGUGAGGUUGAAUGUAAAUUGAGGCAUUUGGUAAUUAUUCUUUAGCAUACUUUUCAGUCCAUUAACACCAGAACCUAGCUGGAACUAGCAAACGUACUGACGAGUAUAACCAGCCUAUUUCAAGUAAAAUAAAUGUUACAAGUUUAGCUUAGUUUCAGUAGCUUGUCAUUAAAAUAAUAGGGUGUAUAAAGUUUAAUAUAGAAUAACUGAUACAUUGUGAGAACUGAAGCAAACUGCCUUAAAUUGAAGAGACUACAAUAUUCAGGUCUAAAUUUCAGUAGCUGAGUUGUAACAUUAUGUGAAUACAAUACUAUGUCGGAUUAAAUCUUAUUGUAGCUUUUGAAUUUUAAAUGGACUUUAGUAAGUUUGGUGUUUCAUGUCUCAUCAUCAUAGAUGGUUUUCUUUGCCUACCUGUUCCACAAAGGCUUGGUCAACAGAUGGCAGUCCAGCCAGAAACUAACAUAGGAGCUGCUAUCUACACAACACACAGAGCAUAAUGUUUUCACAUUGAGUUUCCUGUGUUUGUAUAAAUAAUAUUGGCACAAGAUGGGUAUUGAUGAACCUUUUUGAAAUAUCAGGCCUUUCUGUCAGGGGAGCAUAUGAAAACAUCAGUCCCAAGGAGGGGACAGUAUACUACCUCAAAAUUAUACACAUGAUGAUUGGCCAGUCAAACACCCUCAAAGUAAUGUACAUCUUGUACAAGAUAGUGUUAGGUUUUGAUCUUGCAUUGUUUUGCUUUGGCGCCUUUUUCUAAAAUUGACUUGCUACUCGAUCUAAAUAGUAGCAAGUAUUGAUCAGACCGUUCAACGUUGUACGUGUAAAAUGUUGGCACAGAGGUUUUUGUACUCCAUUAACAUUGGUGGUUUUGUUCUGCUUGUAGACAUGUGAGAAUUUCCAUGUGAGAGACAACUUUGGGUGAAUGAUGCGACUUAAGAUACAGGAAUGUUGGGACGACCUGUGUUAUUAAGAUCUAAUGAUUGGCAAUUUGCAGUAGGAAAGAUCAUGCACAUUUUGUCUUGAAACAUAAUAUCUGUUAAUUUGCCACAUUAGAUAAUCCGAUUAAUCAUAGUGAUCUACAGUCAUUGAAGGAUACCAUAAUGAACUGGAAAUUUAGAUUUGAUGCCCUUGCUUCCUCUAGUUGGUUCAGCUAACUUCCAAUUGGUAUUAUGCACUCAUAAAUCAGCAUUUAUUAUCUGUAAUGAUGGUUUAUUGUAAUUGCCAUUUAUAGUUGAGGAUUUAACAUGCACAGUAGGCUAAAGAUAAUGAUGGGCAAUUCUUUUGUGCUCUUUGUGGCUAUUAUUGCAGAUAAGAUUUUGAUUUACAUCAUGAAUAAACAUUUCUUUUGUAAUUA